AUGGCAGCUCCUGUGAGCCCGGUAUCCUCCGAUGGGAUGUGUACUAGUCAGGUUGAGAACUCUGGGGGUCAAUUUGGUUUCGACAUGGGUGGAUUAAGAGGAAGGAAGAGGAUCUUAGAUGGACCGGUGGAAAAGGUGGUGGAGAGGAGGCAGAGAAGGAUGAUUAAGAACAGAGAAUCUGCAGCAAGGUCUAGAGCCAGGAAACAGGCAUACACAGUUGAAUUGGAAGCGGAACUGAACCAGUUAAGAGAGGAGAAUGCACACCUUAAACAGGCGCUGGCAGAGCUCGAGAGGAAACGAAAGCAACAGUACUUUGACGAAAUGCAAACGAGAGUUCAGAGCAGGGCCCAGAAAGCUAAGGAGAAGCUGCGAAUCAUUGAGGAACAGAAUUGGCAGCUCCCACCAAGAGGAUUGAAACUGUGCAAGCUAACCCCAAUGCUGAAAUGGCUACAAGGUGGAGCAAAUGAUUGA